GUGGAGUUGUUGUGUUACUGUAUGAGAAAUUUCCGUGCGUCUACUGCCAUCUUGCGGUCAAGAUUCCUAUUACAUCCACACGAAUACAGUACAGUACUGUACUGUAACAUACAUUAGUCAGGAAGGGCUUACAGGUGACUUGUAAAUACACGAAAAUGCAUCAUGGUGGAGCUGGACAAAAGUAUUUGAAAGAUAAUUACGAAUGUGUGAGCAGAUUUUAUUUACUUAUUUAUUUGUUUGUUUGCAUGUGUGAAUGUUUGUUUCUUUGCGCUGGGUCUUCUUUUCAGUUAGUAAAAGGGGCUCCAAUGACGAACCCCGCCACCUCCUCCUGAGCCCCCCAAUCAUACCCCUUCCGCGCUCUCGCCUACAGGCUGUCGGACGCCGUGGAAGCCUCUGCCACACUUGCCGUUCAUCGACCGAAAAGACAAGACUUUAAGGAGGAUGACAGGAGAUCAUAAUACAUUGGGCCUACCCAGGCCUCCAGGAGGACCUCAUUGCCCGGAGGAUGCUUUGGGUCUUGCUCUAGAGCCCGUGUGUGGCAACAGCACCCCAAGACACCACAUUCUCCACUCAUCCCACGGGGACGGUGAGAGCUGGCAGAAGCAUCGGCUGGGGCCGGCCGGCGGUUCGAGCCUGUGUUCUGGCUCCCCUUCUCUCCUUGAGCCCUACAGUCUCUCGAGCAGCCGCGACACCCUGUACCUCUCCCACGUGCCGGGCCACAGUUCGUCUCCGCACCAAAACAGAGCUGGGCUUACCUUGGAUGUGACCUCAUCUUUUGAUGUUGGAGGUAGCUUGCUGGUGAUUGAUGGAGAUUUGCCCAUUAGCCCCAAUGUGAUCAAGAGACGUCGGGGCGGCAUCAUCGAGCAGAAGGACAUAGUGAAGGCGCACCAGGCCCAUAAGAUCCACAGCACUCCACAGGCACGUCGCAAGGAAUGGGAAAUGGCCCGCUUCGGUGACGACGUUCCGGUCUUGUUGAGCACCGGCGACGGCGGCUCGGACCGCAACAGGAGCCGCGAUGGGGCGGCCGCGUCCACAGGUGGCGUGUCCCCCGCAGCCUUCAAGAUGACCAAAGCGCAGCGUGCCCGCGCCAUGGCCUUGUACAACCGAAUCCCCGUCCGGGAGAACUGCUUCACCGUCAACAGGUCUCUCUUCAUCUUUGGGGAGGACAACGAGGUCCGCAAGUACGCCAAGAAAAUCACUGAGUGGCCUCCGUUUGAGUACAUGAUCCUCGCCACCAUCAUCGCCAACUGUAUCGUCCUGGCUCUAGAGCAACACUUACCCGGAGAGGACAAAACACCAAUGUCAAAGAGACUGGAGAAGACCGAGCCUUACUUCAUUGGGAUGUUCUGUUUGGAGGCGGGAAUCAAGAUCAUCGCCCUGGGCUUCGUAUUCCAUAAAGGCUCCUACCUUCGGAAUGGGUGGAACGUCAUGGAUUUCAUUGUGGUGCUCAGUGGGAUUCUGGCUGCAGCAGGUGCUCAUAUGAACAUCUCUGUGGAUCUGAGGACUCUGAGGGCGGUGCGAGUGCUGCGUCCACUCAAACUGGUUUCGGGCAUCCCUAGUCUGCAGAUAGUCCUGAAGUCCAUAAUGAAGGCCAUGGUUCCCCUGCUCCAGAUCGGCCUGCUUCUCUUUUUUGCGAUCCUCAUGUUCGCCAUCAUCGGCUUGGAGUUUUACAGCGGCAAACUGCACCACACCUGCACGCCGCAGCCUGGAAUACUCGAAAACGAGACAGUGGAUUCUUCUGAAUAUGAGUUCCCAUGUGGUGUGCGCCAGUGUCCGGCCAAAUACACCUGCAGCGAUAUGUGGAUAGGCCCCAAUGAUGGCAUCACGCAAUUUGACAACAUCCUGUUUGCUGUUCUCACUGUCUUCCAGUGCAUCACCAUGGAGGGAUGGACCACUGUGCUCUACAAUGCCGACGAUGCCUUGGGUCCCAGUUGGAACUGGCUCUACUUCAUCCCUCUCAUCAUCAUCGGUUCCUUCUUUGUCUUGAACUUGGUGCUGGGAGUCCUCUCUGGUGAGUUUGCUAAAGAGAGGGAGAGGGUGGAGAACCGCAGGGCCUUCAUGAAAUUGAGACGUCAGCAGCAGAUUGAGCGAGAGCUCAAUGGUUACCGGGCCUGGAUCGACAGAGCAGAGGAGGUAAUGCUUGCAGAGGAAAAUAAAAAUCCUGGACCCUCUGCCCUUGAUGCUCUCAGGAGGCUCCCUGAGUGGAGCGCAGGCGGCGCUUAUGUGCUGAAGAGAGCCACCACUAUAAAAAAGAGAGGCAUGGAGUCGCCCCAUCGGGGUCCAGCGGAGGAGCAAUACGGGGAUAUUUCCUCUGUGGGCAUCCCCAUGUCCAGAGAAAGCUUCAGGAGCGGCAGGCGAGGACCAGCGGUGUAUUUCCGCCGCAAGGAACGCCUCCUGCGCAUCUCCAUCCGCCGCGUGGUGAAGACGCACACCUUCUACUGGACGGUGCUGAGCCUGGUGGCUCUCAACACGCUAUGUGUGGCUAUCGUUCACCACAACCAGCCGCUCUGGCUGUCCAAUUUUCUGUACUAUGCAGAGUUCUUGUUCCUUGCUCUGUUCCUGACUGAGAUGUUCCUGAAGAUGUACAGCUUGGGCCCCCGCCUGUACUUCCACUCCUCAUUUAACUGCUUCGACUGCAGCGUGAUUGUUGGCAGCAUCUUUGAAGUGCUUUGGGGUGUGUUCAGGCCGGGCACUUCCUUUGGCAUCAGCGUACUGCGUGCUCUUCGUCUGCUAAGGAUCUUCAAAAUCACCAAGUACUGGGCGUCUCUGAGGAACCUGGUAGUGUCGCUGAUGAAUUCCAUGAAGUCCAUCAUCUCCCUCAUCUUCCUCCUUUUCCUCUUCAUUGUCGUCUUUGCUCUCCUGGGCAUGCAACUCUUCGGUGGCAGGUUCAUCUUUGAGGACUACACUCCCACCAACUUUGAUACUUUCCCGGCAGCCAUCAUGACAGUCUUCCAGAUCCUGACUGGCGAGGACUGGAAUGAGGUGAUGUACAACGGUAUUCGCUCUCAAGGGGGAGUCAAGUCUGGCAUGUGGUCUUCGAUAUACUUCAUCGUUCUGACCUUGUUUGGGAACUACACUCUGCUGAAUGUCUUCUUGGCGAUUGCUGUGGACAACCUGGCUAAUGCACAAGAGCUCACUAAAGACGAGGAGGAAGCCGAGGCUGCUUUCAACCACAAGCAUGCGCUCCAGAAGGCGAAGGAGGUUGGCCCACUCUCCUCCUUCAUGUCUUCAGAAGGAAGCCGUAGGAGGCGUCCCUACCUGUACAGAAAAAGAGCCAUCCACCGCAGCCGUCCCACCUACUCCCGUUCCCUGGAGGAGGCAAAGGGCAGCCUCAAGGAGGUCCGCCCUCUCCCGCAACUCAACCCGUCUAACUCUUUCAUGUCCAGGCGAGAGAGGAGAAAGAGGAUGACCAUGUCCGUGUGGGAGCAGAGGACCAGCCAGCUGCGGAGACACCGGCAGAUGUCCAGCCGGGAGAUUUUGUUCAGCGGUCCCAACGAGGAGAAGGACGGAGCCGCUGCAUCGGCCCAGUCUCAACCGGGUCGUCCGCAGUCCCUGCACCGCAAGGCUAUGCCGAGCACUCCACCAGAGGGUGCGAGAUGCCAGGCGGACCCCCUUGUAGACCACUUGACAUCACCAACCAAGAAUCAGACCUCCACGGAGAUAUCUUUUGAAGCUGUUCUCUCCGGUGUCAUUCCCGAACCCCCCAUGUCAGCGCCACCCGCAGAGAUAUUGGACCCUUUGAGUCUCAUCCCCGAGAAUCCCCCUGAGUCCAUACCAGAACCCAGCCUUGACGUUGACGACAUUCACAAUGCGAUCGGCGAGCGAAAGAGCCCCAGAUUGAAUGGUGAUCGUCAACACAGGGCUGUAAAGAAGUUCAGACCGCCGGACGACGGUGAUGCCAGCGGGAUCAGGGGCAGGAAAGCAUUGCGUAGUCGUCAGAACGGGGCUAGGAGUCAGGGAUCAUCUCCUCGGAAAGGAAACCAGUCGGCGAGUCGCUCGGUUAGCCGGGAGAGGAGCAUGGAGGGAAACAGGGUUCCAACAACAGUAGAGGAGAAAGUGGCGGAGAGUGAAAAGAGAGAGGAACCCAAUCCUGAGGAAAACAGGCAUGGUGAGCAAAAUGAGCGAGUGGACACUGUGCACCCAGACAGCCAUGCGGGUGUUCAAAAGCCGGCAGAGCUCCCUCAGGAAGAAGAAACGUGUCCACUUGCUUUAGAAGAGAGCAACCAAGAAGACUUGGAUAAAUCUCAACUCAGCUCCAGCGUGAUCGUGGAAAUGCCCGACAUGGAGGCAUCGAUGGAGUUGUCUACUAUCACUGUGAAUAGCAAGGACCCUGAAAUCUCCAAAUCUGAGAAGGAGGAAGUUGAAGACAUCAAAGCAGUCAACAAUGUGACGCCUGACAGCAUGUUCAUCUUCAAACCGGACAAUCCGGUGCGACGAGCGUGUCACUACGUGGUGAACCUCAGGUACUUUGAAAUGUCCAUCCUGCUGGUUAUUGCCGCAAGUAGCAUCGCACUUGCUGCUGAGGACCCUGUUGCCACCACCUCAGACUGGAAUAAGGUUCUACGAUAUUUUGACUACGUGUUCACUGGCGUCUUCACCUUUGAAAUGAUUAUUAAGAUGAUCGACCAGGGUUUGAUCCUCCACGACGGCUCGUACUUCCGAGACCUGUGGAACAUCCUGGACUUCAUCGUGGUCGUGGGAGCUCUGGUGGCCUUCGCCCUCACCAAUGUGAUGGGAAACAACAAAGGAAGAGACAUUAAAACCAUCAAAUCGCUGAGAGUCUUACGUGUACUCAGACCCUUGAAGACCAUCAAGAGACUUCCUAAACUCAAGGCAGUGUUCGACUGCGUGGUGACAUCCCUGAAAAACGUCUUCAACAUCCUGAUUGUGUACAAGCUCUUCAUGUUCAUUUUUGCUGUCAUCGCCGUGCAGCUCUUCAAGGGGAAGUUCUUCUACUGCAACGACAGCUCCAAGGACACAGAGAAGGACUGCCAAGGUUACUAUAUAGACUACGGGAAGGACAAGAAAGAGGUGAAGAAACGGGACUGGAAAAGACACGAGUUCCACUACGACAACAUUGUCUGGGCUCUUUUGACUCUCUUCACCGUGUCCACCGGGGAGGGCUGGCCGCAGGUCCUACAGCACUCGGUGGACGUGACUGAGGAGGACAGGGGCCCGAGCCACGGCAACAGGAUGGAGAUGUCCAUCUUCUACGUCAUCUACUUUGUGGUCUUUCCUUUCUUCUUUGUCAACAUCUUGGAAAAUAGAACAAAUUUAAAGUAUCGGGCGUGCAUCGACUUUGCCAUCAGUGCCAAGCCGCUGACCCGUUACAUGCCUCAGACCCGGCACACGUUCCAAUACCGUCUGUGGCAUUUUGUGGUCUCGCCCUCUUUUGAGUACACCGUUCUGGCCAUGAUCGCUCUCAACACCAUCGUACUCAUGAUGAAGUAUUAUUCAGCCCCGCCCGGAGCCCCGACCGCCUACGAAGCUGUCCUGAAGCAUCUGAACACAGCCUUCACCGUUCUCUUCUCCAUUGAGUGCGUCCUCAAGAUAAUGGCAUUUGGCUUUCUGAAUUACUUUCGAGACACAUGGAACAUUUUUGACUUCAUCACCGUACUCGGCAGCAUCACUGAGAUAGUAGUAGACUUGCAGUUCGUGGAUACGUUCAACAUGAGUUUCUUGAAGUUGUUCCGAGCGGCACGUCUGAUCAAGCUGCUGAGACAAGGCUACACCAUCCGGAUCCUUCUGUGGACAUUUGUGCAAUCCUUCAAAGCGUUGCCUUACGUUUGCCUGCUCAUCGCCAUGCUCUUCUUCAUCUACGCCAUCAUUGGAAUGCAGGUGUUUGGCAACAUUAAGCUGAAUGAGGAGACGCACAUUAACCGGCACAAUAACUUCAAGAGCUUCUCUGGCGCGUUGAUGCUGCUCUUCAGGAGCGCCACGGGGGAGUCAUGGCAGGAAAUCAUGUUGUCCUGUCUGGGUGGGCAGCGGUGUGAGGCGGACCCCUCCAAUCCCUUACCUGUACUUAACACCGAGCAGGAGGGAGGCUGCGGCUCAGAUUUUGCUUACUUCUACUUUGUGUCCUUUAUCUUCUUUAGCUCCUUCCUGAUGCUGAACUUGUUUGUGGCUGUGAUCAUGGAUAAUUUUGAGUACCUGACUCGAGACUCCUCCAUCCUGGGCCCCCAUCACUUGGACGAGUUUGUCCGAAUUUGGGGGGAGUACGAUCGGGCUGCCUGUGGUCGCAUCCAUUACACUGACAUGUAUGAGAUGUUGACCAACAUGUCGCCACCCCUUGGCCUCGGCAAGAAAUGCCCAUCCAAGGUGGCUUAUAAGAGACUCGUCCUGAUGAACAUGCCAGUGGACGAGGACAUGUCCGUCCACUUCACAUCCACCCUCAUGGCCCUCAUCCGUACCGCCCUGGAAGUCAAGCUAGCUGGAGGAGGAGAGGAUCGAAAUCAGAUGGACUUGGACCUUCAGAAGGAAAUCAGUGUCAUCUGGCCUCACCUCUCUCAGAAAAUGCUGGACCUUCUGGUUCCUAUUAACAAAGCUAGUGACAUGACCAUAGGAAAGAUCUACGCGGCCAUGAUGAUCAUGGACUACUACAAGCAGAGCAAGGCCAAGAAGCUCCGACAGCAGCUGGAGGAACAAAAACACGCUCCCAUGUUCCAGCGGAUGGAUGCUUCCUCCUUGCCCCAGGAGAUCAUAUGCAAUGCCAAAUCACUCUCCUUCCUCAGCCACAGUGCAGGAUCAGCUCUCACCAAAGGGGGCUUUGUGGCCCUCAGCCCUAUCUCCCCGCAAGAUAUGUUCCUGCAACCGCGAUUUCGUUCCGGAGAGGAAGAGGAGAAUGAUGAUUACUACCCACCUUACCACCGUUAUCACUUCCCUUAUCACCACCACCACCACCAUUUAGACACACUGGUGCCCGAUGUCGUCGAGUAUAACCAAGUGACACAACAAUCAAGACAAGAGCCAACAGUCUUCAGAUCACCUCAGCGCACGUCAUCCAUCAGAGCGUCCUCCAUGCCCAGACUGGCUGUGGAGCCACAGCCUGGAAUGUCAGCUGACAGAAAGCUGAUGAAGCGCUCCUUUUCCACCAUCGGAGACCAGUGUGUGAAUCGCCUGUGGCAAGAGCAACAUUCCCUGGAGAGAGUCAGCCCCGACAACAUGUUUAGACUUCGACAGAAGAGCUACAGAGGCUCAAUCAAUCAAAGUAGUCAUGAGAGGGGGCGGUCUAAAGAACGGCGCCACCUACUGUCUCCAGACGUGUCCCGCUGUAACUCUGAAGAGCGAAGCCGAGACCCGUCGUGCGAGAGGAGACGCUCCCUCUCGCCCAAAGAAGGAUGCCCGCAGUCCUUGCAGAGACAGGUCAACACAACAGGCAGCCCCGCCCAUUCGGCCUCCGAGUCCGGCACCCCUCGUAAUCGGCGCCAACUCCCGCAGACACCCUCCCGCCCUCGUCCUCACAUCUCGUACUCCCCCCUAGUGUGCCGAGACCACCCCCCCAGUGCACCGCCGGCCUCCUCCGCGGGACGCGCCCCGCAUUCAGACGGCCCGGCCCCCUCCAAGCAGGCCAAGUCCUCCUCAUGUCAGGCGUCCGGCCCGAGCCAUCCGUCUCCCCACCGUUACAUCUCAGAGCCCUACCUGCCAUUUCACGAGGACCCCAGGGGAGGCCAAGCCGGCGAGAGGCAAGAACACCUGACUUUUGAGACCGCCGUGCAGACCAGCUUGGGACGUGCCAACGCCAUCAGCUCAGCCCCUCAACUCAGACACUCCUGGCAGGUGCCCAAUGGACAUUUCCAAAAGAACUUGGCGCAGGCUAGCCCAGACGGCGAGCUGCUGAGUGACACAGACGAUGAUGACCGCUGCUAAAAUAAGCAGGAAGUCCAUGUACAGGAGGAGCGGAUCUCGUAGUAACGCCGCCACUUGCCUCGAACCGCUUCAUGACAUCUUCUCUCGUCACUAACCACCACUGCCGUAUCAGCAUUGUUUGCUGUCCUGUCUCUGCUUGCUGUGUGUUCUUGCUGUGCCUAGAGCAGGUGGGUCCAAUUUCGUUCAAUCACUGGGCUGGUUUUAAUGGUGAAAUCUAAGGGCCGUACAUUCAGUACCUGGGCCUUCAGUAUAUGGUGGAACUUCGAUUUAACGGACCUUCGAACCAACAGAUCCCGGAUUCAACAAACAGAAAAUAGUGUCCAGUCCAUUCAACACAUCCCCUUUGUACAGUACCUUUCAAAUCUGUUCCAGAAUUGGCCGCAAUUCUCAGCAAUGCCAGUAAACAGCGCUGUGGCGCCAUCGACAGACAGAGACUGGUCACAUGCUGCUCUCUCGUCAUCGAUAAAUAGACUUUAUAGUAGACGAGAGCAAGCUAAAAAAAAGAGUGGAUAGUAAUCCAUGUAAGAGGUCAAAUUUCUACGACUGGAUCACCAAUUCUGUUCAUCCACUGUUAAGGUAAUUGGGGAAGGUCCCGGUGGAAAUAGCACUCCGCUUUGUUUUUCCUCUCCCCCACCCAUGGACCAGUUUCACAUCAAGCGAUGUUUGGAUGGAAGAACACCAAAAUAAAUCAAAAACAAAUGAUUGAAAAUACAAUUCACCAUGACACUGAAUGCAGUUGUAAUCGUCAACUAGUUGCUCCCAUGUUGGGGUAAUGAAACAACAAAGACACCUGAAGUAUUUCGGUAGUCAGGAACUAUUGAAUUAAAAAAAAUCAUUUUAGUUUGCAAUCAUUGCAGAAAGUCCCGAUUCACAAUGAUUUGUUGAUGGAAAUAUAAGCAAGCUAAUGAAGGCUUCAUUGCCUCAUUUGUAAGCUUGUCACCACAUAUUGCACGCAGAUGUCUGAGAUCACCUGUUGUGAUAAAUCUUUAAUUUGUGCUCAAUUUUCUGGUACUGUAUCAUGUGACGGAGAUGAUUGAAGUGUGCAGAGGCACAGGUGGAUCCACCUGAUUUUCAAGAUGAAACUUCUUUCAGUUGACCAAUUAAAAAAACUCUCUGAAGGUACCAAAUUGGUACUUUCAGAGAGUUGGCGACUGAUGCUUUGGAAUGAGGUCGCAGUGAAGCAUCUGCUCGAGUUCAUUCCGGACCAAUUUUGCCAGAAUGAAACUGAUGGUGGCCCAGCGGGAUUGUGAGUAGCACUUCUGCCUCACAGUGUUGAGGUCCGGAAUCAAAUCUCUCUUCUAGCCUUCCUUGUAGCAUUUGCAUCUUCUUCCUCGAAACUAAUCAUUUUACAUUUAUUGAAGACUCAAAACUGCCUGUAGGUGUGAGUGUGCAUGGUUGUUUGUCUAUAAGUGCCCUACAAGUGGCUGACGACCGAUUAUGGGUGUACACUGCCAGUCGCCCAAUGUCCACUGGGAUAGGCUCCAGCUCACCCGUGACCCUAAUGAGGACAAGCGCUGUGAAAAAAAUGUGUGCAUGGAUGAUGACAAAUGCCUUCUUGACCCAAACAAGCUCUAUGUUCUUGCAUUCUCGAGGCAGGAAUGAAUCAAGGAUUAGUGCAGCAAAAUGAAGUUGUAGCGAGUGAAGGUGUGCAGAAUGUUUCUCAAUGUCAUUUUUAAAAGAAAAAUCUGAUGUAUUUAACCAUAUCAACCCGUAAAGCCGUCUUAUUUUUGUACAUAGAGCCCAGCACGUGUUCUUCCUUAUCAAGGAUGUGCACCAUUAAGAGAUUAAGAGCACAUUUUACAUCUGUUGCAAAACCAUUUGAGAGGAAUCCAACCUGGUCAUUGUAUUUUGUCAUUGCCAUGUCCAUGGUGGGGAUUGUAUCACUUUAAUGGAUUCAUGCUGGGGUUUUUUUUUUGUUUGUUUGUUUUUUUUGUUUUUGAGGUUCGUACCAUUUCCUACCACAUUCUAACACUGUUUAAAAGCGGUGUAUUUGUUCUCAUGAUCUGUAGUGGUCACCAUAACUUGAACUAGUAGCCAAAAUGUGAACAGGAGACUUUGUCAGAAGGGGAAUCCACAGGCUGCCUGGAGUUCCUAAACUGAAAAGAAAUGGUCAUGUUUGUGCGGCACACAUGUUAGGGUACAUCUUCAGCCAGCAGAGCAAACAGCUUACUACUUAACCUUGGACCAUGUCCACACUGACAGCGGGUAUUUUUUUGAUAAGAUAUAUUGGUGUGUUUAUUUUAGCCUGUUGUCCAUAUACAAUAGGCUAAUUGUUGUUUAUCUAACAAUGGACUUUUGUGCCCGGACUUUCCAGAACUAAUUUUGUACACAACCUGUCAAUUUUCUUGUAAGAUUGUACUCAAUUUUUUUCAUCCUUUUUUUUUUUUGGUGUAUGUGUCCCUUCUACCGGCUUGUGUGGGGAUUUUUUUUUUUUUUUAUAUAGUCCACCAUUUGUUAACUGUGCAUGACGUUUUUGUCCAUAAGUGAUCAUUUUCUGCUUUUUAAAAUACUGUACACUAUAAUUGGCUAAGAUUGCCUUGCAUUUUUUUGGAAGAUAUGGCGCCACCUGUUGCUUUGGCAUGCUCAUGACAGCCUGCAAAUGCAUAGCAGUUCAUAAGGACAGUUUUGUUUUGUUUUUUUUUUUGGUUUGUUUUGUUCUUGUUACUUGAUUUUAUCGUUUCUGUGCCUUUUCUGGAAAUGACUGCCUUCAGCCUUCUGAUUGGCCCAAAUGGCCUUCUAGUUUGGGGUUAAUGUGCUAGCUGCUGCUUUUGGCAUGCUCUUGAACAGCCCAAGAAUGCAUUUUUCCACUUGCCAAUUCGUUUUGCUUAACUGGCCAUCAUGGGUUUUAUUUUUAAUAGUUUUUUUUGUCUUUUUCUGAAAUGGCUUUAUUUAAGGUUCCAAUUGUCCAAAAUUGUCUUUUACAUCAGGCUGAUUGUAGCGAAUAGCUAAUAUCUUGAACUUUGUGUUUAGUUUCAUUUUUUUAAUUUUGUAUCCUUUGUGGAUAAAAAAAAAGAUGAAAAAAUACCCGCCUAUGUGUGCACAUAGCCUUAAUGUCAGUGUAUACAUAACAGCCUCAUAUGUGCCUGAGAACAUUCGCCCGAAACAGUUGCCUCUCGAGCCAGAAUUUCCUCGACGAGAGUUUUCGUCUUGAAUAUGUUGUAUAAAGCGUACAAAAUAUCUACUUGUUCAUAUUUGCAUUCAGUCACAAUGCUCGUCUUACUUUGACUAAAGUGUGUUUACGUGAUCAUUAAAGAAAGAUCACUUGUCUUUU